AGCAGAAGUGAGUCCCACAGGCUGAGUGCUGGAGAGCUGCAUCGGCGAUCGCAGCGGUAGAAGCAGCAAUUUAUCUGUGUGCAGCCCCAAACUGGGAAGAAGAUGCUAAUUAAAGUGAAGACGCUGACCGGAAAGGAGAUUGAGAUUGACAUUGAACCCACAGACAAGGUGGAGCGAAUCAAGGAACGUGUGGAGGAGAAAGAGGGAAUUCCCCCACAGCAGCAGCGGCUCAUCUACAGUGGUAAACAGAUGAACGAUGAGAAGACAGCAGCUGAUUACAAGAUACUGGGUGGUUCAGUCCUCCACCUGGUAUUGGCUCUGAGAGGAGGAGGUGGUCUUAGGCAGUGAUGGACCCGCCCUCCAUUUCACCUCCUUGCCCUGUCGCUCAUUAUGAGUAAUCAUGUAUCCUCUCACACUGUGGGACACCAGAGCCACUGCCCCCUCUCCUGGAUGCCCAGUCUUGUGUGUCUGUUGGUGGGAGACUGUGAGGACCCCAGGAUGCAGUGUUCCUGGCCCGAAGGGCCCUUGCUGGCUAUUGGGUUUUAGUUUGCAGUCCUGUGUGCUUCCCUCUGUUAAUGGCUAUGUCCCUGGUUGUCAAUAAAAUAUUUCCUGGCCUCCUG